AUGGGGAAGAUGGUCAGCCAUGGAAAACAUAUUGCAGUAAUAGUCCAACAGCUUAACAAAUUUAACCCUGAAAAUCAGAGUGUGGAGAUUUUUUUGAAUGAAACAGCUAAGAUGUUGCAGACUCUUAACGUGACAGAUGAACAAUUUGUGCUGGAUACCCUAGCUGGAUGCAUACAAUAUAAAUCCUUACUGGAUGUGGUAGUCAAUGCCUUUUUUGUUCAGGAUGGGAGAUACUGCCUGGCUUCUGAGCGUAAUCUCUAUACAGUUAUUUGUUACCUGGCUACUUUUCAACUUGAGGAGCUCGGGUUUCAGCACUUCAGCAGAAUUGUGAGAUCUCUGGACACUGUAAAAAUGCAAAAGUUCCUUAGAUUCUUCUUCAAUACCUUGUAUUUGAACACAUGGAUAAAAGAUGAAUGGAGUCAUUUCUACGAUUCACUGUAUGUAAAAGAGAACUGGAUUGAUCCACUGCUAAGAUGGCAGCCCAGAGUACAGCAACUGAUUGAACAGCUCACAAAGAAAUUAAGCAAUCGUAUUACCACUGUCAAGACUCCUGUGGUCACCCAGCCAAAGGAAUUUCAUCUGACUGCACCCAAGCAACGUGCCAUUCCUGUACCUCUGCCAAAACCAGUGCUGGAGAAAAGGGUACCUGUUCCUCCAAGCACCUACAAAGUGCCAAAGGAAAAAAAGCAGCUACAGGAAAUGAAAGCAAAAAAUCGCCGAAAAGCAGAAGAUCUGCUCCUGGAAGCAAAUAUAAACCAGUUCAGGUGUGCAACUGUGAAGCCUGAAAAGGAAGUGAUCACACAUGAUAGUAUGAGGAAUAAACCAGCAUUCCAGGCCCCAAAGGUCCAGAGCAAGACUGACAAUAUACCUAUUAAAUUAAACACUGCAGCUAUUUUGAGAGAGGGUGCCCUCUACCAACGGAAAAGGGAACAGGAACUCAAGAGAAUUGAAAAUUUGCUAGAAGGGACUGGAGACCCAUCUGAAUUCUUGGAAUGGCAAAAACAGAUGCGUGAAAAAGAUCUGGAAGAACAGCUGGCUGAAAUAGAGUGCAGGAGGCUUCAAGGGAAACUGAGUUACGAAGAGGCAGUUCUAGCCCAUCAGAAUGUCAUUCAAGAAAAUAAGAAGAAAGCUGAUCUAAUGAGAGAAGAGAAAGCAGAGCUGAUGCACCAGUAUGCAGAGAAACGUCUACAGGAACAGAAAGAAAUGAGAGAGCUGGUGCAGCAGGUCGUGGAAGGACACAAGAAUGCAAAGCAAGCAAAAAUAAAGCUUCAGAAAUACAAACAGCAGAUAGUUCAGGAAGUUUGUGAAGAAAAUCGGGAACUUCUUCGGCAAGCUUUAGAGGAGGAGGAGGAGAGGCUCAGGAAGAGAUAUGAACUCAUUCAACAAAUACGAGCUAUUGAGUCUCUACCAAGUGUCAGACACAAGGUUGUUGAUUUAACAGAGACUGGUGGCCACGGUUUAAUUUGUGAAAUGUCAAUAGUGGAACUACGUGAACGCCUCGCUCUGCUCAGAGAAGCACAGAAGGCAGCAGAGGAAGAGAGGAGAGACCAGAUAAUUCAUGAAAAACAAGCUAAGGAACAACUUCUUCUAGACAAACUGGACCAGAUUUCCCUGUACAGAUCAGAACUUGGACGGGCAGCUGCUUUAAAGCAAGAAGAAAAAAAAAGGAAGUCUCAGUCCAGUGACAGACCUGUGAAAGAUGAACGCAUUUUGGACCUGCAGAAAAAGAUUGUAGAAAAAACCCUGGAGCGUAAAAAGCAGGCAGGACUCUUAAAGAUCACUCCCCAGAAAACCAGCAUCUCAUCGAAGAAGGAUUCAUCACAAUGGAACCACUGGAAGCGACUGGAAGAGAGUCGGGAAAGACAGUUCAAGAUCCUUCAGCACGGCUUCAUGGCCAGAGAAACAGCUCAGAAAACCUUCAGCUGCCUGUGA